AUGAACAUAAUUCUAAUAAUAAUACCGUUAGUAUUAUCCCUAUCUGUGGGUCACGCUGUUCCUCGGACCACAGCUGAUCGCAUAAGAAGCCAUGGCUAUUCCGCUGAGACCCACAAAAUUCCCACAAAAGAUGGUUACAUUUUAAGAGUAUUUCGCUUAACAAAUUCAACAGUGAGCGGAGGCCACAAACCCAUAGCCCUAAUGAUGCAUGGCUUAUUAAGUUCCUCAGAUGCAUGGAUAUUGCGUGGACCCCAAGAUGCUAUCCCCUUCAAUUUAGCCGACAAUGGUUAUGAUGUGUGGCUGGGAAAUUUUCGUGGCAAUCCAUAUAGUAAUCGUCAUACUACUCUACCCGAUACUGAUCGACGAUUUUGGCAAUAUUCAUGGGAUGAUGUUGCGGCAAAAGAUCUACCCACAACUAUAGAUUAUAUUCUACGAAUUACCCAACAAUCUGGCCUACAUUAUUUUGGUCAUUCUCAGGGUUCGGCAAUAUUGAUGGCCUUACUCUCCACACAACCGCGGUAUAAUGAGAAAUUGAAAACUAGUCAUUUGUUUGCACCGAUUGGCUUUAUGUCACAUGCCCGCUCGAAGCCAAUACAUUUGGCUGCACCGCUCUUGGGUACAUAUAGCGAUUUGGAUCCCAUCUAUGGAGAUCGAUCAUUUGUACAAAAUCCCAUUUUACAAAAAUUGCUUGGCAUACCAAAAUGUCGCAGUCCUAUGGCGCAACCGGAAAUAUGUGAAAUUUUGCUGACACUGAUGUUAGGUUAUUCCACACAUAUAUCCAGGUCCCUGUAUUCGGAAAUAUUUAAAACCCAUCCGGCACGAUGUUCCACCCAUCAAUUUAUACAUCUUGUGCAGGCCUAUGUGUCGGGACGUUUCACGCCAUAUGAUUACGGUGUAGAGGGAAAUUUGCGACGUUACAACCGCACCUCGCCACCCGAUUAUCCGCUGGCCAAUAUUAAACCUCGAUUUCCUUUAAAUUUAUAUUACAGUGAUAAUGAUGUCCUGUCUGCGCGAGAGGAUGUUGAAAAAUUGGCCCACGUUUUGGGUAAACGAUGUACACCACAUUACGUUAAAGAGAAGAAUUUUGCUCACGGUGAUUUCUUGUGGAGUUCGGAUGUGAAGAGAAUUUUAAAUAAUGGUAUAGUGCGGCAAAUGAAUAAGGUGGAGCAGUUGUUGCAGCAGGAGAGGAAAUCAUAA